UUUAAGAGAUGUGAUUAAAGCAGACAUUAAUAGAGCUUGACAAGCAAUCAGUCAUUUCUUCAGCCUGGUUCUCUGAGAUGCAUGAAACAGUGAGUGGGCAGAGGGGAUAUAAAGCGUGCGUCUGCAGAGUGAGAGUCUGGGCACCUCCAUGCAUGCAGUUCCAUGUGCGUAUUUGUACAUUUGUGUGUGCGGGCUGCUGGAUUUCGGCUACAGGAAGGUUAAGGCGAUCCUGCUGACUCAUGGGAUGCGAUGCGUGACUGCAGUGCUGGAAGCGGAGCCUUGGUUUGUUGCUGAUUCUGAAGGCGAAGAAUCAGUAGGUUAAUGAGGUGGAGCGCAUCUACAGUAUUCAUUUCAGCCCUGAAGAGGCGAGGGUGGGAUUUAAUUCAUACCGGCAUGGAGUAGAAGAUUGCAGGUGAUGAAAAAUCAAGGAGCACCAGAACCUUCUGACCGGCUGAUUCUGUCCUCUGACCCCUGUACAUGGGAGACCUGGGCUUUUCAUUGAUCUGAAGCCCUUCCUGGUAGAAGAUAAUUGUGUCCCUGGCUCUGCCCCAGCGAUGCCUGUAUGACUUUAAUCUCACUGGAGAAGGUGGACCAAUGGAAGGCUCAGGCUUCUCUGUGUUCGCAGUGCCAGGCGGGGAGCACAGCUCCGCACUGGAUGUCCUGAGUUUCCUGGACACCCUGGGGCUCAACAAUGGGACAGCUGAGAGGUGUUACAGUGCCCACUCACGCAGCACAGUCCUGCAGGGCCUGCCCUUUGGUGGUGUCCCCACUGUCCUCGCCAUCAACUUCGUCCUCUGGAUGUUCCUGCUCCUGGUCUUCUCCUGCCUGCGGAAAGCUGCCUGGGACUAUGGCCGCCUGGCCCUGCUGAUGGAUAAUGACAGCCUCACGUCUCUGUUUUACGGAGAGCAGAGUGAAAAGGAGAAGUCGCCCUCCGAAUCCAGCCCCUCGGACAUGGAGAAUAAAGAUGUGGGCUUCUGUUCAUGGCUGACAUCAAUCUACCACAUGAAAGAUGAAGAGAUUCAGAGCAAAUGUGGGAUUGAUGCCACCACCUACUUGUCCUUCCAGCGCCACAUCAUCGUACUCAUGGUGCUGAUCUGUGUGCUGUCAGUGGCCAUCAUCCUGCCAGUCAACUUCUCUGGGAACCUGCUGGGGGAUAGCCCUCAACAUUUCGGAAGAACGACGAUAGCCAAUGUUCCUGCACAGGACAGUUUCCUCUGGCUGCACAGUAUCUUUGCGCUGCUCUAUUUCAUCAUCACAGCGCUCUGCAUGGCCCAUCACUCAGCACGCUUGGAGUACAAGGAGGAUGAGAAGGUGGCCAGAACUCUAAUGAUCACUUCCAUUCCCAAGGAAAUCUCUGAUCCGGGGCUCAUCACAAAACAUUUCCAUGAGGCAUACCCAAGCUGCACUGUGACAGAUGUCCGCUUCUGUUUCGAUGUCCGGAAGCUGAUGAAACUUGACUUGGAGAGGCGCAAGGCCAUGAAGGGCCGGCUGUACUUCACCAGCAAGGCACAGAAGGAAGGGAAGAUCAUGAUCAAGACACAUCCCUGUGCUCAAAUCUUCUGCUGCGAUGUGUGCGGCUUUGAACAGGUGGAUGCAGAGCAGUAUUACAGUGAGCUGGAGGAGAAGCUGACAGAUGAGUUCAAUGCUGAGAAGAACCGUAUUGCUCUGAAGCGCCUGGAUGUGGUCUUUGUCACGUUCCAGGACGAGAGGAUGACAGCAGUCAUCAUUAAGGACUACAGUCGCACUCUGUGUCGAAGGAGGUUGCAGCAGUCCAGUAUCACCACUGUCGUCAGGUCCCACAAGUGGGGAGUGAAGUACGCCCCUGCUCCCAAUGACAUCAUAUGGGAGAACCUGUCAGUGCGAGGCCCCAGAUGGUGGAUCAACUGUGUCCUCCUAAACAUCUGCCUCUUCGUGCUGCUCUUCUUUCUCACCACCCCUGCCAUUAUCGUCAACACCAUGGACAGGUUUAACGUCACCCGGCCUGUCGAGAGCCUCCGGACCCCCAUUGUCACCCAGUUUUUCCCCACACUCCUCUUGUGGGCCUUCUCGGUCCUCCUGCCAUUCAUUGUGUACUACUCCUCCUUCUUCGAGUCUCACUGGACCAGAUCCAAUGAGAACCAGAUAACUAUGCACAAGUGCUAUUUCUUCCUGGUCUUCAUGGUGAUCAUCUUGCCCUCACUCGGUCUCUCCAGCUUGGAUUUAUUCUUUAGGUGGCUGUUCGACAUUCACUUUCUUGAUGAAGCAGAUAUAAAAUUUCAGUGUGUGUUCCUGCCUGACAAUGGGGCCUUCUUCGUGAAUUACGUCAUCACCUCCAGCCUGAUUGGCACAGCCAUGGAGCUCCUGCGAAUCCCUGGGCUGAUGGUGUACACCCUGCGCCUGUGCCUAGCCAAGUCUGAGGCUGAACGCAUUCAUGUCAAGAGGAGCCAAGCCUACGAGUUUCAGUUUGGCCUGGAGUAUGCCUGGACCAUGUGUAUUUUCGCUGUGAGCAUGACGUACAGCAUCACCUGUCCCAUCAUCGUUCCCUUCGGACUUCUGUACAUGGUCUUGAAGCACCUGGUGGAUCGCUACAAUAUCUACUAUGCCUACGUGCCAACGAAACUGAGCCAGCACAUUCACUCCGCGGCCGUGAGCCAGGUCAUCGUGGCGCCCAUCCUCUGCAUGUUCUGGCUGCUCUUCUUCUCCGUGCUCAGGCUGGGUCCAGUUCGACCCAUCACACUGUUCACUUUUGUAUCUCUGCUCUUCUGCAUUACCUUCUCUCUCUUCGGCCUCUGCCUGAAGAAGCUACAGCCUGCCAAGGCCACCAGCUACCAGAUGUCGGAUCAGCAGACCGAGGGAGUUUUCAACGACGCAGAGAGGAGCAGUGUGUCCUCCACCCCAAAUUCUAAUGUGUUUGUCGCGUCUGUGCUACAGGAGCCAGAACUGGGCUUGACCCCCAUGGCCUCUCCCGCACACCAGAGCUACGGCACCAUGGGGAACCGAAUGGACACGGGGCGGAGCGACGAGGAAGCCCAGCCGCAGAUGUUCGAAACCGACCUGCAGGAAUCCUUUCCCACUGGCCCGCUGAUGGAGAGGGAGGUGGGCUACCACUAGCAACACGGCCUCACGAAAAGAAGUGACGACGUUGAUCGUUGACGAAGAUCCUUCGGGGAAAAAAAAAUGGUUCCGCACAACCAGCGUGCUGCAUUUACUCAGACCUCAAGACCGAGCCAACGCCUCAAGACCUCAUGCUUGAAGAGGAGCCUCACCCUGGCUUUUGUCAAAUUCUCCUUAACGCAGAGCUAACAUCACCAGUGCCACAGCAGAAGCUGCUGCAGACUCUCUGAACAGAAUCUUACUUGCAUGACUGACAGAGCCCUUAUCUCUCCAGUGGGACAUUCUUCAUUUCCAGGUACAGUCGUGUGUGUUUUGCAGAAGAUUAAGCAGUGUGUCAAAGUGGUCACACAUGCAGGACUGAGGGGCAAAGGACGUGUCAAACAGGCCGUUUUUAAAGGAUAAGCGCUAGUUCCUUGCAGGUCUUCUGGCAAACCUAAAAGUCUAUUUCUCUUUUCUGAAAUUCCUAGAAAGCAAAGCCCAUCCGCAUCUCUUCCGUUAUUUCUUAAAUUAAUUUCUACCCUGUUAUUUUUGUCGUUUUGUUCCGUAACAGCUCAGCGCACGUUUUGUGGGUCAUGUGCAGCUUGUGGUCUUCAUCGUGUGUUAUAAUUGACAUGUACUGUACUUGAGAUGGUUCUCUCUAAGCUUUCUAAGAUGCAGCGGGUAAGCAGGUGUGACAGGCAAUUUGUCACUCUUCCACCAGCUUGACAGCUCCAGUCACCUGCUUACCAAGCCCGAGCACAGAAAGUUCUCAAGAUUGAAAGCAAAGAAACAGCUACAGAGUUUCUUUUCCCUGCUGCAACCUCUCUGCAGCAACAUUGCCAGGCUCGGAAGGAGCUGUGAUCAACACAACUGUGGAGGUCUGCUAUAUGGAUGCUGCCCAGUCGGAAAUAUUCAAACAGUAAUUAUGUGGGAUUGCAGCUCUUGAAGAGAAAGGAAGAACCGAAUGCAAAGUGGGAGAUGAACAUUGCUUGAAAUUUCUAUCAAUAUUUCUACUAGCGUUAUUUCUGUUAUUUCUUUUCAUGUUUGGUGACGUAAAUUAUUGCAAAGUCCUCCUUGCUCACCUCUUAAAAACCUUGUUACACACGCUGCAGUAAUUGGCCUCAUUCUAUAACAGCCAUUAUUGUUUAGAGGACUGUAUAACAGGCAGGUUUGAGAAGAAGAAAAGUAUUUGGCGUCAUAUUUAAAUGAAACAAAGCAGUCCUUGAAAGGAAACGUAUUACCCGUUGAAGAAAAAAAUAUUUAUACAUAAUUUGUACAAUGUGUUAAGAGGAAUUAAUAUUGUAUGAAAUGUGUUCUAAUGUUCUGAUGUUCUGAUACAGGCAGUAUAACACAGCAUAUAGACAUAGAGUGGCACUGUUAAUAAAGCCUCCCUUUGCAACUGAAAACAUGCAGAGUCCAAAUCCUCUUCUGCCUUACCCCUAACUGUAUGUUGUCUCAGAGAAAAGCAUUGGUUUUAGGAGGCUGUUGCUUGAGAUAAGACUUGCAGAAGUCUAAAGGCAUCUCUCUCCACAUCAGCUUUCCAUAAAAUUACAGGCUUUUCAGCUGCUCUCAAGACAUAAGUAGAUUACGUGCCCAUGCUUUGCUAUCUAAACAGAUGCAGAGUGCAAAAUACUGAUGGCACAUCCAGUCUGCCUCUUUCUCCUCUGUACCUGUUAGAUCUUUUUCAUUUUCUUUAAAUGUAAAAUCCUUCUUGGGGAUGCUGCUGGAUCUCUCUUGUGUAAAGCUUUUGCUCAGUCGAAUGUAAACAGAUGAUUCUAUUUUCCUGUAUGCUCUCGCUGUGCCUUGGAAUUUUCCCUCUCUUCCGACAAUCCAGCAUGGCCUGUUAAUAGCUGCAUGGACUAAAGCUAUGGAUCAGGAAACCAAGGGAGAAAACAUUGUACACAGAAUAAAAUAAACUGCUUCCUAUUUGAUGGGGCACUCAUUUCAAAGUACAUUUCAUUUCUAUGGUUGAGAAGCCAUCCUGUAAAUACUGUGUAUGCCAUGCUGUGGCAUUGAUCUCAUUGCAGGUACUACUCCCAGUAACUUCUAAACCAUUUCCGGUGGCACAUUUGUAUCUCUGCUGACCUGGGGAAGGAAGAAAGCAAGCCAAGGCAUCGUAAAGAUGCCUUUGAAUUCAUAUUAUAAACUUUCGGGGUUUUUAUUUGUGUGCAGUUUAUGCUUUUGUAUCCAUGGUGGAGUGCUGGCUUGUUUUACAAGCAGGACGGCGUCUGGUGCCUUUUCCAAUAGUGUCUUUACAUCUCUAAGACUACAUAGAGCAGCUCCUUACAGAGCCAAUGGAUCUGAGUAGUGUGUCUACUGAGAACCCUUGCUGGGAGGGUACAGAGAGACACAAGAUAAGCAAAGAAAACAAUGUACCUGUACAUAGUUUUCUCUCCCUGGCGCUUGACUUACCCAUGUUGGCAAGGUUGCAUUUAGGGCAGGGUUAGCUAGCUCUGGUCCUGGAGAGCUGGCUUUAUAAAUAACUCUUAAAUCAUUAAUUAGGCUUACAAUACAUGGAGGUUUUUAUCAGUUUAGUAAGUUGAUUAGUUCAGUAAAAACAGGAGUAGCAAUCUGAGGCAUUUAGGAGCUACAGGGUUUUGGUAUUUUCACUGGAGAUGAUCUGUAAACCAAUUUGAUUUAACAUGUGAUCAGAACAGAAUUGUUCCAGCUAUUUAGAAACUGACAAUAGAAGGGAGACCCUUAAAACUUGCUGGACUGUGGCUCUUUAGCAGUAGCGUGGACUACUUCUGCACGAGGGGAUACAUACAGUACAUUAUGCAUCCAACCACCACUUGUAAGGUUGUCAUAUUGCAGUACAUGCCCAGUCCUUACACUUGAAUAUUCAUAAUUCAUUUGGAUUUCACCAGAAUUACAACAGAUGGCACUUCAGAUUCUUACACGUAUCUGCAUCCUAGUCUGUGCAAGUCCUGGGGCCAUUGGCAUCUGUUUGCCACUUCUGUUGUAUAGCUUUUUACAUUAGCAUAGGAGAAAUACAAUGUUUUUGCUAACGUACAGUAUGCCUUCUCUGAGCUUUCUGUGAAAGCCUGAUAUUCAUUCUGCAAGAAACAAAAACCUGGAUCUUGAUGGUAGGCGAUGGGGUUGUUUUCAUGGUAGUUGCAUCCUAUCCGUUAUUGGAGAUACAUUCAUACGCAUGUGCAGUGAGCAGCCAAAAGGGUAAUAAUGAAUUGCUACUGUAGCAGCACUGUCCUAUUCAGCAGCUUGCGGUCACGUUUUGCAGUGCUGUUGCACAGCUUUCAGUAGACGAAGCACUGAGUUAUACAGAAGGACAGUGUGCCUGGAGCUUGGGUCCUCAGUGUUGCUCUAUGAGUUUGGAGUUACUAUAUUUACAGAUAGUUGUUGUUCCAUUGGAGGAAAAAAAAAUAAAUGAAAUGUCAGUUGAGUCUUGGACAUAAAUCCGUUUUGGUUUUCUUCAUGGAAUUCUAACCCAAAACUGCCAAUUAUGCUGUUAUGUACACAAUGUUACUACCAUCUGAGAAAUUAAUUGAAAAAAAACAAAACACCACAAGCACUGAGUUUUCCUAAAUUAAAAAAGCAAAAUGUACAUUAGACGUCUUUCAUUGAGAAAACAGACAUCCCCUUCUUUAUCUGGCUGUGUACUACAGGAUUAUGGUUGUAAGAAUUCUUUUACUGACCUUAAAAUCCAUGAUUCUUUUCACAAUGAAAGUUUUACUCAUCUCAGUUUAAUGAUGGCCGCAACAGUGUAUUGCCACACGAAAUGAGAGGAAAAAAGCAGCUUUGUAUUUCAGAUCAACUUCUGUAACGUGUGUAGAAAAAUGGGACUCAAAAAUGUGAAAAACGUUUUGUUUUCAAACUCGUGCAAAUAGGGAAUGUAACCGCAAAAUGAAAUAAACUGAAAUUUGAGUUUUUAUUAA